AGAAGUGCGUUUUUUUGUUUAGUUGAAAAACAUGAAAAUUAAAAUUUGUAUUUAGAUUUAGAACAUCAAAGAUGUUUAUUUGAUGUAAUAAACAACGACAAUUCUACGUAAGAAUAUAAUUGCAACAUAAAAAGUUACAGGAAUUAAAUUGUAAUCGUUUCAAUCGCCAUUAGCAAGUCUUUUUUUGUGUCGAAAGAAGCCGAUCUGAUAUCCAUAACCUCAAAUGUUUGACAUCUAUAAGCGUCUCCGAAAUCCUAAUAAAAUUAAUUUAUUUCCUUGUAAUUUAAAGUGAAAGUAAACACAGACUUACUAAACUCUUUAAGAUGUUCUAUUAGAAUGUUUGAAAUAACCCUUAGCGGGCAAAAUUAACUCGUUUCUGGCAGGUAAAACUUAUCCUAAAAAAUGUUGUGCAGGUUAUGUAUCGUAGACGAUAAAAACAUUCAAAUAUUAGAAGAUGCCGUUUGUGAUAUGUUAAGGGCUGUAUUACGAAAAAAAUGUAUACCAUUAAAAAAUCCUGUAAUUUGUACCAACUGCAUUAAAAAAGUAGAAAAAGCGUUUGAAUUCAAAACAACUUGUCUCCGUACGCAAAAAAUAUUGUCUCUCUACGGCGGAUCCACAACCAAAGUCGUUUAUAUCAAAGAUAACAAAUUGUGCGUGUCCCCAAAAAGUGAGACCUCGUUAAAACUGUGCAGAACAUGUUUAAGGGUCAUUGAGAACGGAUUUGGCAAAAAUUUGUUAACUAUAGUCGACAAACUGGCAGUAUAUAUUCCAGAAAUGGUAAUAAGCGAUAGAGAGACAUCGUUGUUUUGUUACAAAUGCCUAGAUCAGUUUAAAGUAUUUUCAGAGCUCAUAAAUUUGGUUAACAACGCAGAAUCUUUAAUAAUGAACUAUUGCAAAGAGAAUAAAAUAACAAAUUUUGAACAGAAUAGUUUAGAUGACUUGUUUAAUAAAAAAGUAAAAGAUGAAUCGAACAUCAUGAAACUAGUGUCUAGCAAUCACUUGCUACUGGACUUGGAAAACGAAUUUGAAUCUACUUAUUUACACGAUAGCAUGGACGAUUCGAAAAAGAGGAUUAUUAAGAAAAUUAUCGAAGAAGACGCUGAUAUGUUUUACAAGGACAUUCCGGAUUUUGAUGUGCACGAAUCGUUUCCAGACGAGUGCAAAAUUGACAGUGAUUACAGCAAUAUUCUAUAUGGUGAACAAAAACAGUUGGUACUUUCCGAUUCCGAAGAAGAACUGUCAUGGAAAAAAAUCGGCAAGAACGUCGAAGAAGACGAAUCGACAAUGAGGCUCUCAUUUGAAACCGAAGAUUCAUCAUUAUCUCCUGGUACAUUAAGCGAUAGGCUAUUUUACGAAUCAGAAAGUCAAGAUGAAGAGAAAAAGGAAGACAGGGAGGCAACUAGUCCAAACCCAUUUAUAUUCUUCGAUGGGCGCAACGAGCAAAAGUGCUCGUGCAGCGACACCGGCGAGGCAGUUCAAUCGAGGACGAAGAGGAAAUGGUGCGAGAAAUGCAAGUUGAAAAAGAACGUCGAAAUUGGCGAAACCGUUCGCGACGUGACUGUGAAAAGACCAAAGAAAGACGGUGGGAAAAAAUGUAGAAAGAUGUACGGGAUUGAGUUCAAGGAUAUGUGGUGUACACGGUGCAAGUGGAAGAAGGCUUGUAGUAGGUUUGGCAACACAAAGGCUGUGAAUAGGCGAUAGGAUACUAACGGAUAUCCUUGGCGUGAGAUUUGAACCUGUGAUUUUUUUCAGUGACGUUUCAAUUGUGACAAAACAUACUUAACAUUUAUGAUUUUGAAUUUUUGAUUUGGGAAUGGGGGUUGUGAGUUUGCAAGUAUCUUUCGUAGUUCAGGGGAAAUUGGAAAUUCUGGGAAUUAUUAUUAUUUUAUUGAUUCGAUGAGAGAAAAAUAUUGGAAAGUUUGCGUUAAUUUAUGAGGAAAAAAAAUAAUGAUCCAUUACGUUUUCGAUUUUGAGAGUAAUAAUUGAACUUCAGUGUAUUUCUUAAUGUAAGAUAUUUUAAAUGAACCAAGAUCUAAAAAGUGUUUAUAUAUAAAAAUAAGGUAUAUUAGUGUUAACUACAUGUAUACAAAUGCAGGAUUUUAACAUAUCAAAAGGAAUCAGAUUUUCCAACAUUAUGUAUACUUAAUCAUUUUGAAUACUCUUUCUAGAGCAAAUUGAAUAUAGCUUUUAGAUAUCU